AUGGCGGAAACAAGGAAUGAUAUAGAGGCCUUGUGCUCAUCUAGCGCGCUGCCUGAGCACAUGUUGACACUACGAUCGGAGGCUUCAUCCUUAUGCGAGGACAUCAUGAAACUUUAUUAUUUUAUGGAUGGUAUUUGCACAGCGGCCGGAACGUCUUCGCAUGUAACUCAGUCUGAGGACCCGAUACACCCAUUCAUGAGGUGUAUGGUAGGAUACGUAAUUUUAGCCAAAAAAUUUGCACGGCUGUGUGACUUCAACACCUUAGUGCCCUAUGUACGUAACGCAACAGAAGGUAUCAUGCCCCUGGCCAACGUGGACACCAGUAAUAGUGCAUGCAACGGAUUGGACCUUGCUUCAUUAAAAAUAGGGCACAAAUUGGUAGGAGCGACCAUUAAGGAAUGGAUACACCACGACAGUACUAGGUGGGACGAAAUCAUGGACGAUUAUAUCACUGAAACUUGUGAAGACCACAACACAAUUGCCGCAGGAAGCAAUAGCGGGCAGGAUACACACGAAGAGACAAAGCCACAGGGUGCACAACGGCCAAUUAGUCCGCACGACAUAACACAGUUAGCGAGUAGUACGGAUGAGUUGUCACCGGAGGACGCGCAGACAGUUUUGACCGAGAUACAGGGACUGAAUGAUACGGAUACUAUAAUGAGGAAGUUCAAAGCAGCAAUUGCAGAAGUGCCGUCCCACAGGAGCAACCAUGUGGCGCAAGCAGGCGCAGGAACACCAAAGGCACCACCAGCCACAGGAGGCACAGCCGGGGAAGGACAAGGAUCAGAUCAGGGACCAGGACCUGGACAACAACCACCACCACCUCCACCACCAGAACCACCACAGUCACAGGACCCUGCAGGAAAGGAACAGAGCACAUCUAAUGACCAGAAGGCUAAUGACGCAGGUGAGUAUACUUGCCCGGACGAUAAGCCAAAGAAUCCGGACGCCGCCAUAGAGUCACAUGCAGGUUCACGUGUGAGCAUUACCAAAGGCCACUAUACCCCUGACGGUCAACCGUCAUGUGAAAAGAUUAAGGAACUUCUGCGCACUCCGAACAGUCCGGCAACUAAUUCUAACCCUACGGACAACAAGAAUAAGAAGCCUGCACCGACGACUAUAGAAGAUACUAAGGAUAAAUCAGCGGAAGGAUCAACAGCAGAACCCGAACAGGGACCAGAAGUCAGCGUAACCUCAUCAGGGUCCGAUACAGGACAUCAACCCGCAACACCCACAGAAAUAUCGAAGGCGACAGAAACUCCUGAUGCACAGGACACUACCCCUGCAGCCACUAAGGACACUAAUGCAAAUGAAGGAGGACAUGGUCCUGAUCAGCAGACAGAUGACAAGGUUACAACUAAACCCUCCGAUACUGCAGUACUGUAUUCCGUCGGUGACUUCUGGGAUUCUGUUAGUGGUGUCACCCCCCCUGAUGGCGCAGAACCUGAUACUGCUCCAGGUUCCCAGGUUUCCUCCUCUACUUCCCAUAAGGAUAAGCACAACACUUCCAGCAUUAUACAUGCAGGUGGAGGCCUUGGGUUCACAUUAGAUAUGCCAACGCUCGGUACUGGUUUAGGGGGACAUUAUGGAACAGGCCAUAGACCGAGCCUAGAAGUUCAGGCCUCCGAUAAUUCCGGGGGGCCCGGGGACUACGCUGUUCCGGACCUAACCGACACCGUCCUUACCGCCACUACUCCCGUACUCUUCUUCCUGUCCGCCGUCACCGUCGCCCUCCUUGGUUAUUCCCUAUGGAAGCAUCUACAACGAGGCGACCUGCCGCCACGCGAUUACGGCUACACGAUGAUUAGGCAUAGGCGGCCCGGAAGAUUGCCCGCCGCACGCCGCGGACCACGCGCCCCACGCGUGAAUCGCCGCACGAUCAUCGAGCUACAUCUAGAAGUGCUCAACGAAUGUGAAGCGACCGAGUGGGAACACGUCAAAGACGACUAUUGGCAGAUUGUCGUGCAGGCGUUUGCGCAGGAUUUGCUGCGGGACGACGACACGACUAACAGUAUCUUGGGUGUUUCUACGUCACACCAGGCUUUAUCAGGGCACAAUGUUUCAUCCACCCUCGAUCCACCCACUGACUCCGCCGGCACAGAUCCAUGUCCACCGAAUGCACAUGACUCCGAUCCAUGGCGUUGUAUGGAAUCCAUACAGUUAGCAACGGACACUUCUGCAUCUAACGAAGAUGAUCCAUGGAAUUGUAUGGAACACAUACAGUUAGCAACGGACCCUUGUCCACCACAUGACCCCGAUCCAUGGAGUUGUAUGGAACACGUACAGUCCGCAACGGACCCUUGUGCACCGCAUGAACACGACCCCGAUCCAUGGCGUUGUAUGGAAACCAUACAGUUAGAAACGGGCCCUUGUCCACCUAAUGACUGCGCUUCAUGCAGUUGUAUGGAACACGUACAGUCCGCAACGGACCCAUGUCCACCUAACACAGACGACCCCGAUGCAUGGAGUUGUAUGGAAACCAUACAGUUAGAACAACAAGAGACUCCUUCUUCCCCUCCAUCCCCUUACCCGGGGAAUGAAAAACGGGCCCCCGACCACACUAAUUGGAUUAACUGGAUUCACCGCAACAAACAUAUUCUGCGGGCGUGCACGACGCAGCCGUGGUUUCUGCAAUUAACAGCGGAUUGGAAACAAUACCUGCGCGAGCACAUGUCGGCAAACGCGGCUAACGCAGUAUCCGGGCGGCGUGACUUCGGUGCAGCCGCAACCAUGGACAGCAAGAAGCACGCAUGGAAAGAAUGCGUUGCAACACAACAUGACCUUAUGAAUACAUAUAGUGAGGAGGAGUGGUUUCAACAUUUGUUGAAUAAUGUAGAGGAGGACACGGUUACGGCAACAGGCGACAUACCUGGCGUGGGAAACGACUUAGAAGUGGACAAAGUAACGGCAGCAGCAAAUAUGCUACGAGUGAGCGAUGUACCACGCCGGCAACUGCUGCAGCAGCCAGCUCAUAUGACAAAACCGUUAACCGCUCAAACAUGGAUACUGAUCCUCGCAUUAGUCAUAGAACAGUGCGAGGUUGACAGCCGUUUGCAGCAGACGGAGUUAUAUGUAGAUGAUCUAUUGCAGCAACUGUGA